CAACAUUCGAACUGUUUAGAGGUGUUUCUGAAGUGUUUCGGCAAACUAUACGUGUGCUUGUAGACGCGGAUGAUUCGCAUUCAUCGAACGCUCGAACGUCGAAUAAGUAUUCUGUUCUUCUGUGUGUCUCACGUAAAUAAUUUCAUGAUGAGCUUCAGCAGUGAUACCACAUAUUCUUGCUACUGAUAUUUUGUGAAUAACAAAAUUUGCACAUACCUACAACACAUAGUCAAAAUACAUACAAACAAGCAUAUAUCAAAACACAUUUAAUAUGAGCACAUAAACAAUUUGUAAGAAGACACAUGCGUGCAAUUUCCAACUAAAAGCCAGCACUUAAACGCUUCCACAUAAAUAUCUAGUAUUGCUUACGUGUUACAGUGCAAGCGAAGCUCGUCGAUAGUGAACUGAGAUUUCAAAGCUGCAGGUGCAAAAAUAAAAACCAAAAAAAUUAAUGUACAAAUAUAAGCACCAACAAAUCUAGCUCCUUACCGGACGUGGCUAACUACGAACACGCACUUUUUGUUGUUAUUGUUUUUUGUUUUUUUGUAUUCUUGUGUUGUUACUGCGAAUUUAACGCACGAAUCUUGCUCGCAUUGCUUGCUAUCCAUGCGCUUGGUGUGAAUUCUAACAACUUCCAAUUUUACCAACAAUCUUUGCAACAACAAUAACAUUAACAACCAGCGAACAAGCAACAUUUCCUUGUGCGAGCAAUCAACUCAACAGCAGUGGGCCAGCCCAUCCAAUUAGCGUCCGAAUGCCCAGCUUAACGCCACCAUUCGACACCUAAACGCCAAACUGUGAAAUUCGAAGCGUUUAGCAAACUCACAUUCGCCGGGAAAUGCGAUCAACACACGAGUAUAUACUUAAAAUAAUAAUAGGAAAAUCUUGAUUACAUACAAAUAUAUUUUAUUUUACAUAAGCAAAUAUUUUGUUUAAAAAGUGCAAACAUAUGUAUGUGUGUGCGCCGAUGAAUUGAGUGAGCUCGAAGUGCGUUAGUGCCGUGAUUGUUGUUGUAUAUACUCGUAUGUGUAGUGAUACAAUGCGAUUGCCAGACGCAUACACAAAAACGCUGCGAAGAAAUGUGGAAAAAUCGUAACAAGCUCUUUAUAUUUCUGCUUUGGAUCAUGGAAAUAAGAUUAGUAUCCAGUUUUACGUCGGCCAUACUCUGUUCCCGCAUACCUGGUCUAACUCCACAACAACGGCAGUUGUGCAGUGAGUCGCCAGAUGCAUUGAUCGCUUUGGGUGAAGGCCAUCAGAUGGGAUCUCAUGAGUGUCAGCAUCAGUUUCGCGGUCAUCGUUGGAAUUGCUCACAAGUCUGGCAGGAAGGUGUCUUUGGACACGUCAUGUUUGUCGGUUCCCGCGAGGCGGCCUUCACUUAUGCCAUCGCAAGCGCCGGAGCGGCGCACUCUGUGACGGCAGCCUGCGCACGUGGCAAUAUAUCUUUGUGCGGCUGCGAUAUGCGCCACAAACCCAACAGUGACUCGCAAUCUUGGAAGUGGGGCGGCUGUUCGGCCGAUAUCAAUUUUGGUAUGAAGUUCGCACGCAAGUUUCUCGAUGCACGCGAAAUCGAAGGCGACGCGCGCACUCUGAUGAAUCUGCAUAACAAUCGCGUUGGUCGAAAGUUAGUUAAAAAUCUGCUAAAGACGGAGUGUAAGUGUCAUGGCGUGAGUGGUUCGUGUGAGAUGAAAACGUGUUGGAAGAGUCUGCCACCGUUUCGCCAGAUUGGCGAGGUGCUUAUGCGCAAAUACAAAAGAGCCAAACAUGUGCACGUUAAAGAUAUAAAUGGACUGAAACAAGUAUUAAGGGAGAGGAAUAGUAGCCGCGAACUGAAGCGUAUGGAGCUGGUCUAUCUCCAAAAGUCGCCGGAUUAUUGCGAACGCAAUGUGCAACAGGGCAUACUCGGCACGACUGGUCGUGUUUGCAAUCGUACCUCGAGUGGAACUGAAAGCUGUGAUAAAUUGUGCUGUGGGCGUGGCUACAAUACGCGUCAAGUACGACGAAGAGCACAGUGUCGUUGUAAGUUCCACUGGUGCUGCGAUGUGACCUGUGACGUGUGUGAAGAAAAUUAUGAGGAGUUCACGUGUAAAUAAACAGAAAUACAAUUUAGGUUAAGUUUUGCAGAUUUCAUAAAAAACAAUAACAUUUUUAGCUAAUUAUUUGUUUCUUUGUAAGAUAUUUCCUGUGUGUUUAUUAUAGACAUAAGCUUAUUAGUUCUUAUAAGCGCUUGAAUAAGGAUUUAGGUGUAAGAAUCUAGGUUUACUCUCUCCAUUUUGUUAGGAUAAUUUAUUUAUGAUUUUUUUUUUUUAAUGGAAAUAUAUUUAUACAAAAUUUAUAUUUUGUCUCGAAUAAAAAUGAUAUCGAUAGAUA